AUGGGGCCUCGUGCGGACAACGAAUACAUGUCACAGCUCGAACUGGAACGAGUUCGGGAACGUAACCGGAUAGCUAAGCGAAAAUCAAGAGCACGCCAGCGACAACAACAAGAAGCCUCCAAACAAAGCAGUGAUCAGGACGUCUACGACCAGAGUAACAUAGAUCCAGCUCUCAGCCACGGUGACCACUACUAUUCCGGGCCAUUGUGCCCCGGCUAUGGCGGCAGCCAACACAGUAUACAGCAGGAAAACGGAUCCUGGGAAGACUUUCCCCAGCUGGAGCAUCACCAUACCGAAGACGACGUGGCCAUUCUUUCAACGCCAGGGACAUUACCAGACAACACCUUGUCUCUUGUUCCAUUCGACCAUCUCGGUUAUGGUUCGUAUUCAUCAGUCACAACGAGUGCAAACGCCUCAAGCUCAGAUGUUUCUGCAUUUCACGGACACGGGGUAUAUUACCAGCCUCCAGACCUCAACCACUCCCUCCAACCCUCCCCGAUCAGCCCAACAAGCGCAGCCCUCCUAGCACCAACCCCAGCCCUCUCAAUAGCCACCACAUCCACCAGCAAUACCACUAGCAGCAGCAGCACCACCCGCACCACCCGCACCAACAGCAGUGCCAACGGCAGUAGAAGCGGUAUGCUCCACCUAGCAAUCCGCACAGGCUCUCACGCCAUCGCAGCCGCCCUCCUCGCAGCCGGUGCCCGUACCAACCAGCCCGAUCAUACGGGGGCUCUACCGCUGCACCUGGCUGUGCAGUACCGGCGAAGGUCUGUGGCCGAACUGUUGCUUGCGCAUGGGGCUGAUCCGGAUGCUAUGAUGGGAAGUGCUGCUGCUUCUACUACUAGUGAGGGUUUCGGGAGUGGGGAAGGGAUGAUGGAAGAUGGGGAGGAUGGGAGCGGGGUGGUUCAGAGGGUAAUAGAGGGCGGACCUGGGGUGACGGCGUUGGAGCUGGCGGUGAGGAGUCGGGAUGAGGAGAUGGUAAGGUUGUUGUUGGAUCGGGGGGCGAGGGUGAGAUGA